AUGAACACAGAUUUCGAAUUGUUUGUUCCUUCACAGUCUUUUUCUCGGGGUUCAAAUAAUGAAAUCAGUGGCAACGACGAGCAAUUAAAUAACAACAGCAACAACGAAAAUAUCAUUAGCAACAGUACUUGUGUUGAUCAACUACUACAACAUCCCCACAUUGUAUAUCCGUCCAAUUUACACACUGAGGUUAGCAGCCAUCCUGAACGUACCAUGAGUUUGAGAAAUCCCACUCCUACAAAUUCAACCCUGAUUAAAUCAACAUCAUUAUCAUCAUCGGUUUCCUUCCAACAGAUUCCCGUUGAUGUCAAUAGGAACAAGUAUCACGAGAAUGCAUCUGAUCGAUGUAGUAAGGCCUCAUCGGUCGAGGACAGAUCUUGUUCUGGGACAUGGAGGAUACAUCAAGGCUCCACGUUUCAUCGAAAUGGAUACGACUCUGAACAAGAUGGUGAUAGUUCUAGAAGGGGUAACGCUGACGGCCUACGGAAUAGUCGCUACGGCGGAAACCGUAAUAGCGACAGUAGUUGUAGCAGCAGCAGCAGCAGCAGCAGUAGCGGUACUGAUUGCAGCGAUUCUGAAGCCGAACAAAGGCAUAAAGCCACUGAGCUUGGUAUCCACCAUAACAGACCCGUAUCCAUGAAACGCAGAAAAGUGAGCGAGGAAGAAGAGGAAAGCCAAGAAGAAGAAGAAGAAGAGGAAGAGGAAGAGGAAGAAGAAGAGAGCGAAAACAAUGAAAGCAGUAGCCAAUGUAGAUUACGACGAAAGGCCAGCAACAUCUACUUUUCCUCGAAUUCUCAGAGUCAAUCCCAAUCAUUGGAGCAAUCGCCACCUCCAUUAUCUACAAGGCCAUCCAGUUGGACAGCCCGAAAGCGUAGGAGUAUUUUAACAGAUUCACCAUCAGCAUCUUCCGUACCACAACAACACACGGGCAACAACAUUGACACGUCGUCGCUUAGCUUGCUGUCCGCAACUUCAGCAAUGGUAUCUGAAGGCACUAUCCCUACCUUGGCUCUUGGCAGAGAUAAAUCAAGCAAAUUGCUGUCAUCGUCUUCCUUUCCAACAAUAAGCUUUUCCUCUGACUUUGAUACAUUCACGUUCUGUGCAAAAAUAACAGAUGAACACGAGAAAACAAAAAAGCAUGCUCCUUCGUCCUCCAAUCCAUCACCUUGUCCACACCUACAAUGCCGCUCUUUUAUUUCGGGAGCAUGUCGUAAACGAAGCUUUGAAGACGCUAUCGAGUUGACGCGACCAUUAGGAAAUAGUCGUGGUCUUUCGACAGCAGCAGCAGAAUUACAACUUGGAUGGUUUGGGUCGAUUAAAAGACGCAAGAUCCAUCAUUUCCCCACACGAUGGACAUCAGCUCUUUCACCAUCGCCUUAUGUUAAAUUGAUGGCUAUGCGCGACUUUUGGGACGUCAUGAGAGCUCGUUUGGAUCUAUCGUGGUUAGAUCUGUGGACGAUCACAACCCCGACUUCAAGUAUCGAAUGGCGUAAGAACUGUGUUCAGUCUACCAUAGACGAUAAUGAUGACGUUGAUACAUCAGAGAAAAUUAAGAGUAACAAGGUCAUUACAAAGAAGUUUGGCAUGUCGCCCACGAGCAAUGAGGCUCCUAAAGGAGGAUUUGAUAAGGAUAGUGUAAACUCAACUGAGUUUUGCGAGACAGUGGACAUGGAAACAGCUGCCACUGAUGUAUUGAACGAAGAAGCAGACAAUGAUGCCGAUGAUGUCGAAGGCUAUAAGGAUAAAGAAGAGAAAGAAGGCGCUUUCGAUAGCAAUAACGAUAACGAUAACGAUAAAGAUGGGGAAAAGAUCCUUAACUCAAGGAUAGCGAAGUUAAGGCAGUCGCAUCAUACGAUGGAUACGAAGCAAACGCGUCACAAGACGGUGAUUCAACACCCAAGCCCCAGUCAACUUUUAAAGGGACUUUGGGAGGAAGAAGAGAGAAACCGUCGCCAACUACAGAUGAUCCCAGAAUUUGUCCACAAGCCGCAGAGAAGCAAGGUCCUGAACAGAAAACCUAUUCUCAAGAAGAAUAUCAUAAUCAGCCAGGGAACAACCGACAAUGCGGCAUGGAUCAGACCAAAAGUAGUUCAGGAAGCGCCACCUUCGUCAUCAACAACAUUGGAGCCAUCGUCCUCAGUCUCUUCAGAGAACACCGACCAGACAAUGACUGGAUCCGAGUCGCAGACCGAGGUUGACAAUGCCGUUACUGGUUCGAGUUCGGGAUCAUCUUCUUCCUCUCCUUCUUCAGCUGCAAAUAACAGUCAAUAUUCAGAUCAGGAGAUAAUGCUGAGAAAGAAACAUGGUGUUGCUGUUGCUGCUCGUUCCAAUGCACUCUCUGAAGGGUACGAUCUGAACGAAUACAAGCCAUGGAGAGACGGUACGGUAGAGCCCGAUCGAGGUGACAUUGGUCAGCUUUGUCGGAUGCGCAGGACAGUGAUGGAACCAUGGCCUCUAGAAGAGUCAAGAGCCAAGGUUGAAUGUGCUCGGAUGCUGCAUCGAAUGCGCGAGCAACUGAAUGUGGUCAUCAACCUUCAAAUUCACCUGCGCUCCAUGAUAAAGACAACCCCCUCACACAUGUCGUUCUUGCUGUCGAUCCGCCAUCCGGGUCAGGUCUCUGUCGAGCUCUUAAACGCACUCUACGGACCGCAGUUCUUGCAGACGAGUGCUUUUCGAGCCAUUGAGCAGCUCUUGUGGGGAAAGAAUCCGUCUCCACAAAUCGAGUAUCAGGAGCGGUACCACCAGCAUCAGCAUGAACAGCAAUAUCAAAAGCGUUCAGAGGAAUCUUCUAGUUCUGAGCAGCAUGAUCAUCCACCUUCAUAUGAGUAUACUCACUCACAGACGCCAGAGUACCGCUACCGUGAUCAAGACCAAGAAUCAUACGAUGAAAGUAAUGCUAUGGAAGAUCACAGUGAUGUCUAUGAUUACCACCACCGACCCCAAGGAUACUCUCGCCGCCAAAACUGUCACCAUGAUCAAGAUCGUGAUCAACGUCAGCAUCAUCACUAUGGUCAUGGUGAUCCGACUAUAGACAAGGAUAUAGAGUGUGAGUUUGAAGAAGAGUUUGAUGAACAAUCAUAUCAAGAUCCGAUGCUUAUGGAGAUUGGACGAAUCUCUUCUAUGACUGAAGCCAAGGGUCAUCAAAAUAACGAUCAUCCUUACGAGCGGGACCAAGAUCAGGACCAGCAUAGGGACAAAGACAUUGGUACUAGCAUGGUAGAUGGUGGGGCUCGAAAUGGACACCUACUCUACGCACAAUUACAACAACAAACUGAGGUUAUACACGAAGAAACCGAAUCGAGUUCAAAGACCGAAAGCGAAAUUGAGACACUUGGUGUAGCUCCAUCCAAGAGACGUGACAGCGGUAUGGUGAUUGAUCUGGAUCAGGAUCUUGCAUUCUAA